AUGUUCUUAUGUCUGGUGUUUGAGAUAUUCAGCAGCGAAUGUCAGAUAGUUAUGGAUGCCCUUUGGACAAGAUUGACCGAGACUGGGAGGAAUUGGCGUUUUGUCUACAAGGCAUUGACUGUUAUAGAGUAUCUGGUGGCAAACGGAUCUGAGCGUGCUCUUGACGACGUCAUAGAACACACUUUCCAGAUAUCUUCCCUUGCAAGUUUCGAGUAUGUCGAGCCAAGUGGAAAAGAUGUGGGACUUAAUGUGAGAAAAAAGGCUGAAACCAUAGUUGGACUCCUAAAUGACAAAGACAAGAUACAACAAGUACGUGAUAAAGCUGCCACAAAUCGUGAAAAGUACGUUGGAGUCUCAUCAUCUGGAAUAACAUAUAAGUCUGGUGCAGCUUCAUUCCGUAGCAGUAACUUUAGGAGUAGUGAUCGAUAUGGAGGUUUUGGAAACAGUAAUACAUCUUAUGAUAGUUAUAAGGGCAAGUCUCAAUUUGGUGAAGAUAUAUCCGAGAAGAAAACCAAGUCAAUAAAAGAGCCUUCUUACUAUAGCAGGUUUGUGUUGCCACAUCCACAUUACAUACACAGUAAACAAGACUCAACAAAAACAGGCCAGUUGGAUAAACAUGAUUCAGUUUCCUCGAAAGCUGACCCAUCAGACAAAUAUGAUGAAGAUUUUGAUCCACGGGGGACUUUGAGUUCUAAACCUUCUGCUGGAAGUAACCAGGUGGAUCUGUUUGGGGAAAAUUUUGUUGAUCUAUUGGAUGCACCAGUACCUAUUUCAACAGAUAAGUCUACUUCUUUGCACAAGGAUUCUUCGGAGGUUGAUUUAUUUGCAAAUGCAGAUUUUGUUUCAGCAACACCAGAACCAGGGAAAAUCCCCAUGCCUGCGACCAAUAUUGAUCUAUUUGCUAACCAGCCCACUUCAGCUGUUCCUUCUACAGUAGAUUUUUUCUCCGUGCCCAAACCAGUUAACCAGCUCGACAAUGAACCUUCUAAACCUGAUAAAAUUACUAAUGCACUCGACCCAUUUGCUCCAGUUCCUAACAACGAAUUUGACAAGCCCACCUCGUUGGGACCAAUCACUUCUCAAAUGGAUCCUCUAUCGACAGUGUCCGACAAAAAUCCUCCUAAUGACGAAAGUCGCCGGGAAAUUAGUGAAUCUUUGCCUGAGGCCAAGUCUCCACCCAAAAAGGCAUUCCAAGUCAAAUCGGGAAUAUGGGCUGAUUCUUUGACCCGUGGAUUGAUCGAUCUUAACAUAACUGCACCGAAGAAGGUGAACUUAGCAGACGUUGGUGUUGUUGGGGGGUUGACUGAUGGAUCAGAGGGAAACAACAAGGGAUCUUUGCCUUCGUUUUACACAGGUAAUGCAAUGGGUGUUGGUUCUGGAGCUGGUAAAUCAGCCUUCGUAUCGACAUCAACUUCAACUUCAACUUCAACAACGAACGAUGAUUUUUUCUCGGGCCUAAGCAGCCAACAAUACCAAUAUGGAGGAUUUCAGAAAUGA